UCACGUAAACGGGGGCAGUGCUUCUACCAGACCCCCCUUUAUCUGUGUAAAUAUUUGAGACGGAGUCUCAUUGCUCGAAACAUCUGUGUGUGAAGUGUUUGAGGUAACUUCUCAUCAUCAUGAACUUGUUUUCAGCGCUCCACUGUGUGCUGCUCAUCUCACUGUGUGGAACUCUUGCAAAGCACAAAGUUAACGCGGGCAUGUGCUGGCUGCAGCAGGGUCAAGAGCAGCGCUGUGACAUGGUGCUGAUGCGUGGUGUGAGCAAGGAGGAAUGCUGUGCUGGAGGCCGUCUGGACACAGCCUGGUCCAACACCAGCCUGCCCAUCAACGAAGUCAGUCUGCUGGGCUUCCUGGGCAUUGUGUCCUGCAAACCCUGCAAAGAGACUUGCGAAGGGGUGAAGUGCGGCUUGGGGAAGGUGUGUAGGAUGAAGGGUGGCCGUCCUCAGUGCAUCUGCUCGCCAGACUGUUCCAACAUCUCCAGAAAGCAUGCCAUCUGUGGGAGUGACGGCACCACAUAUAGAGAUGAAUGUGCCCUCUUGAUGGCCCGCUGCAGAGGCCACCCUGACCUCGAGAUCAUGUACCAAGGAGAGUGCAAAAAGUCGUGCUCCAAUGUUGUAUGUCCUGGCACCCACACCUGCGUGACGGACCAGACCAACAGUGCCCACUGUGUGAUGUGCCGCACGGCUCAGUGCCCGAUGCCCGUACUCAGUGGUCAGACUAUCUGCGGCAACGAUAACAUCACCUACGCAAGUGCCUGCCAUUUACGCCGUGCCACCUGUUUCUUCGGCCGCUCCAUAGGAGUGCGCCAUUACGGCCACUGCAGGAGUAAGGACUAAACACCUGUGGAUUAAACACCUUCCAUAUAUGGUAAAGAAGGUAGUGAGGAGAAUUCGCUCUUUUAGGGAUCUUGGCUUUGCAUGAGACCAGCUUGUACAUCCGAUGACAGCACAGUUUAUGCGAACGAGUUGUAACCUCCCGGCAGAGUCAUCCGUUCUGUUAAAUGAAGCGCUAGAUGCAUGCAGUACAUAUUUCAAGAGAAAUGUGCACCUCUCUUGCUCUCUGGUAUGGUAUUAUAACGAAUGAAAAAUUUGAAGAGAUAAACUGUUGUUCGAUUUGGACCUGACAAUGUGCAUAUUGUAAAUACAUUACUGCACUUAUUUAUUGGAGACUGGAACGGCUUCUCCAAACGUUUGUUUUUUUAUUUAUAGUUCCUUUCGUUUGAGCUGCAUAUUCCCAGAUCGACUGCUUUCAAAUUGAUAUUUAUUGUGUUUUCAUGUACAGACCAGUUAGAGUAUAAUACUAGCUCAUGUAAAAUUUAGGUCACACUUUAAAACAAUGAAAUGCCAUGCUUUGCUAUGCGACUAACUCCAAAGAUAAAUGACAUUAUAGCAUUGUUUAAAAUUCCUAUUACAAAGCCCUAAAUGUCGCAGAGAAAUGUCCCCAAAUGCACUUCUUUCAGAAAUCCAUGCACCAGGAGAGGCGGCAUUAUUACACACUCUGGAGACUAUUUAUUAUGGAAAUUAAGCCAAAGGGGAUUGUGUGCUGUUCGAGUUCUGCUCCCUCAUGUCUGGAGGUUAAAGAGUUUGCAGACAUAGAACCAGAGCUUCCAGGCCUGAUGCUGUGCCACUUGCACGAACGCUAUAUUGGCAUGAAACCUGAAACAAGCUGCCUGCUGAGCAGUGAAAUUACCAGCUACAGUCUAAUGGCAUUGUUUUUUUUGUUUUUUUUUAAUGAGCAGGCUGGGUCAGUCCAAAAAAUGUUCAGUCAGUUGUACUGUUUUAUGGAUCUGCCGUUAUUGUUGCGUGAGUGUGCACAUUUGUGAAGUACUUGAGUGCAGUAAUGCAAACCAAUCUAUCUUUCUGAACAAUGAUAUGUAGUGAACCUCCACAUAAGUACUUUGGUAAUCUGUUAUGUUUUGGAAAUAAGUGACAGGACAGUGAUGUAGGCCUACUCAUUAAAAUGAUAUUUUUAUGAACCACACAUUUAUAUAACCUUGUAAAUAUUUUUCUUUUUGCAAUCUUUGUGUAUCUACUGUGAGAUUUCUUAAUGUAUCGACUUAUUUUUGUAUUAUAAAACUGACAUUUUAACUCUGAUUAAAAGAGACUUCUUGA